AUGUAUCCGACCUUCAAGAAUGCGACGCCCUACGACGUGCUCGGCUUGAAACAGAGCAACGUGAAGCAGGAGGAGCUGAAAAGGCGGUUCUACGAGCUGGCCAAGGUAUAUCAUCCAGACUCCGCGCACGAUGCGCUGGAAAGCAAGGAAAAAGAGCACCGGUUCAAGCGGAUCCUUGCGGCGUAUGCUCUGCUGAAAAAUCCUCAGACACGACAGAACUACGAUAACUACGGAAUCGGCUGGGAGGACAACUCCAGCAGCCUGUACCGGCCCAAGACCGCUCCGCAGGCCGGUCAUUAUCGUCCGUCGACGUACGGCACCUGGGAGGACAGGUGGCACGGCCAACAGGACUUUGGGUUCGGAUACUACACAGACAACACAUGGAGAGACAUGGGGCCGAAUGCCAGCAAUAUGGAGACGUUCCGGCAAAACAGGCGGACGAUAUUUCUCACGCUGCUGGUGGCCACCGGCAUAUACACAGCACUGCAGUUUGCACACAUCAUAUUCUACGACGAUUACAUUGGCGGAACGUACCGCGAGUCGCUCGUGAGACGCAUCCGAAUGACGGAGAAAUCGCGAAAUGACCUUAUAGACGCGCGCGAGAACUACGGGUUUGGCAACAGCAAGGAGGAGCGCAUACAGCGCUUUCUAUGGUUCAGGCAUCUGUCCUGGCUUUUAGGCGAGGACAAGCGCACGUGA